AUGAAUUCCAGGAAACUCAAGUGUGACAGAUCCCCAUCCCCUCGGAUGCUUUGUAUUGAAGGAAAGUCCAUGAAGUUGCCAAUUCUCUUCGCUGAUGCCAGGGCAAGCAAGAACAGUCUUGAGGGUAAGACCUGUCUGACAACUCUCGUAAAGGCUAGUAGGGCUCACAAGUGUUCAAUAUGGACGAGACUGGCCUCUCUGGAAAAGGAUGCCUUCACGUACCUACAUCAUGAAGGACGAAACCAGAGCCUCUGGCUUCAAGUGUAUGGGAAUGCGGCAGCCUUCACGUUAAAACCAGGAGUAAUUUACAAGUUCGCAAAACCAAAGGCCCUCAAGAACAAGACUAUGCACACGCUGCCAGUGUUUUUUAUGCAUAACUUCAAGGUCUGGAUCACCAAAGUCCUUACAGAUUGCUGGUUCCAUCAGAGCUUCAUCCCUCAAGUUAAGGAUUACCUCAACAACUUGUGUUUGGAGUUCAAGGUCUUGUUGGUUAUGGACAACGCUGGUGACCACCCUGUUAAUAUCUAUUAUGAGGGAGUCCAGAUUGAGUUCUUCCCUGUGAACACCACCUCUCUUCUGAAGGCCAUGGACCAAGGCAUGAUCCAUGCCUUUAAGGCACUGUACACCUGGAACUCCCUCGACCACCUAGUAGUAAAGACAAUGGAUGACAACAGUGAAUUUACGCUGAAAAGCGUACUGGCGCAAAUUCACGAUCGCCACCUGUUUGACUGUCAUCAGCCAAUCAUUGAGAGAUAUGAAGAAAGAAACCCUAAAUUCCUGCUGGAAGAAGUUGUGGCCAGAGAUUGUGUUAUAAAGGCUUUUCUCCUCAAGAAAUUCAGCAUUCUGCCAUUAACAAUAUGGUCAAAUAGGCAAAGAUCCUUGGUGGAAGGAUUCGAUGACAUCACCGUGGAUGAAAUUGGAACCCUAAUCGAUGCUCACUCUGAAUCCAUGAUGGACCAAGAUUUAGAAGAGAUGACUAACUCUGUCAUUGAGGACGAAGGCUCAGCAGGUUCAGGGGACAAGGAGGAGGAGGAGGAUGAGGGCCUUACCUUGGACUUUUUGAGCAGUUUUAUCUAUCAGGUCAUUCAGGGAGGCAAAGGAGACUAUUCUGGCAUGGGAUCCUUGCACAAAACGUGCCUUAAAGUUCAAUAA